GGGAGCUCGGAGGAGUCUAGGGGGAGGGGAGGCUGGCUUGGCUGGGUUCGACGCUGCUGCUGCUGCUGCUGCUGCUGCUUGAUCCAGCCUACUCCCGGGCGUGAGUGCCGGAGAGUCCUCCCCUCCCUCUCCGUCCGUCCGACCUUCUCUCCCUCCCCCUCCAGCUCGCAGCCAGCAGAAAAUAUCCCUUGUUUCAGUCCACUCCGCUACUUCAUUUCCAUCCCCGGAUCCGGCUGGACACAUGGAACUGCUGUGCAUGGAGGGCGUGAUCCGGGCGAAGCAGGAUCCGCAGUUGUUAAAGGACCGGCGAGUGCUGCAGAAUCUGCUCAGCCAAGAAGAGCGCUGCAGCCCUCGGGUCUCCUACUUCCAGUGCGUGCAAAAGGAGAUCCAGCCCUAUAUGCGGAAGAUGUUGGCUUUCUGGAUGUUGGAGGUAUGUGAGGAGCAGAAGUGUGAGGAAGAGGUGUUCCCACUGGCCAUGAAUUAUGUGGAUCGCUACCUGUCCUGUGUCCCCACUCGCAAAAACCACUUGCAGCUUCUGGGGGCAGUCUGUAUGCUCCUCGCCUCCAAGUUGCGGGAGACCACGCCUUUAACCGUGCAGAAACUCUGCAUUUAUACAGACAAUUCCAUCACACCAUGUGAAGUUUGGGACUGGGAGUGUUUAGUCUUAAAGAAGCUAAAAUGGGACCUUGUGUCAGUAAUAGCAAAUGACUUCCUGGAUCAUAUUCUUCAGCAGCUGCCACUUCCCCAACAUAAGGUGAACUUGGUGAAGAAACAUGCACAGACCUUCAUUGCACUGUGUGCUACAGAUUACACAUUUGCUAUGUAUCCACCAUCCAUGAUUGCUACAGGUAGCAUUGGAGCGGCAGUCCACGGCCUCUCUACCUCAUCUGGUGAUUUUUCUGGCGAGGCACUUACAGAAUUGCUUGCUGGCAUUACAGGCACAGAGGUGGACUGCCUGAAAGCGUGCCAGGAGCAGAUCGAGGCUGCAUUAGCAGAGAAUCUGAAACAGACUUCCCAGCCGCAGCAAGAAUACAGCCCCUCUAAGGAUGCUGUUUACCCAGAUAGCCAGGAAGUCAGCCUGACCAGCACACCUACGGAUGUCACUGACAUCAACCUGUGAUCAAGCCCUGCUUGUGACCACCCACCUCCCAGCAAGUAGAGCCUGAUGAAGGAAAUUAAGAGGCUGCCUACAACAUUCUGCCUGUCCAUGUUAUUCCUGAAGAACAAAGGGAAUGGGAAAGGACUUCCCGAGUGAACAUCAUCUUUGUAAUAAGACUGUUGGAACUGGGUGGGGCUUGAAAGGAAGUCGGCGUUUUGCAGUAGGACUGUUUCUCCCUUGCUUGCCUGAUAUUUCCUAGGAUCAGGAGAGCCUCAUGGGGUUGGCUAAACCAUACUUGAACUUGGGAGGGAUGGGUGAACAUAGUGUCAGUUCAACAUGUUCUUCAGUUUGGGUUUGCUUUGUUGGUGGGUGCUGCUCAUCACUGCUGUUUUGUCCCAAUCUUUGCUGCAUGCUUGUUGCAUGCAUGUCAAGAGAAAACGCACUUUUGUUAUCUAAUCGCCGUCCGUGCAGUUUCAAAGUUCACCUGAGACCUCCUUGGCUAAGAUUGCUUUGCUCAUGCUGCCAUAUUUGGGCACUGGUAAGAGACCAAGGUAUAUGAAGUUUAGUGCUGGAUCCCUUUCCCUUGAUACCAAGGAAGUCUCAGUUUCCUUUGGAGAGUGAUAGUAGCAUAAAUGCAGGGAAAUGGGUGAGGUUUUUUGGCUCGCUUCUUGUAGGUGCUUGUAAAGUGCUGCUUGCCAUAGUGAAAGCUUAGGGGCAGAAAAUCCCCUCUUCACAAAGGCCCAAAGGGAUAAAUUCUACUUGCACCCAGUUGCCUUUGUUUACUCCUAAGAGACCCAUCAGCUACUUUAUUUAUUGUGAGGACUAACUUACAAAGCUGCAAAGCAAGGGAAGAGGCUCAGCAAGAGUACUUGAUCUUGGUCCAUCCCUUCUUGCCAUAUAAAAUAGUGCCUUAAUGUUCUUCCUCAUUCUCCUUCAUACCUCUGGGUUGCUUACUUUGAGAGAGAUUAGUCAGAGUCAAGGUCAUUUAUAUUCAGAGUACACCCAAUAAGUGCUGCUAUACUUGUAUGUACACAUCCCUCUUGUCUUCAUUGCCAAAAGAGAGAGAAAAAGACAGGAGAACUACAUGCAAAGGAUGGAUGGAGGAGUAGGAGGAAGUCAAAGCAUAUAUAACUUAUCACCUGCUUUUAAAAGGGGAUAAAAGAUGAAUUUCUUUCCCCUAAGAGUUUACAAUAUGAUGAGCUGCAGACUGCACUGGAGUCAAGAGUUGUUUUCUUGUGUGUUCAGGAAAAAAAGUAUUUUUUCUAAAUGCUGCUUUUAUAAAUUAUCACUUUUAAGAUUAUUAGGUGUGGGUGAACUAUAGUCAUGGGAGCAAACUUUGUAUUUUGAAUUCUAGUGGUAUUUUAUUCUUCAGCCCUCCAGCUGGGAAAAAAAAUGAACUGAUGCUACCUAAACCACCACUGGAGACAGUCACAUUUGCCAACAAGAAAAAGCUUCUUUUUUUCUUUUUGCCUUUCCUUUCCCCUCAUUGUGCUUUAAGCCUCAUUAGUCAUAUAAUUCAAGUGCCAUCAACACUUGUGAUGAGUGGGAAGUCCAUAUGCAUUAGAACUUUAGCAAAGUUUGGAAAUGAGGGGAAUGCAUUUUAUAGAUACAUAUAUAUUUAUGUACACACACACAAACACACACACACACACACACACACACACACACACUUAUUAGAGCUUCAAAUAAAGUUUGUUAAUAAGAUAUUCACCAGCACUUGAAAUACAGUUGUUAGGAAAUCUAUUACAUUGCAAUAAAGUUUUUUUUUAAACUAG